GUCAUCGCCAAUCACGACCAACUGUACGGCCCGUGUUGAUCAUCGAAACGGCGUUUUCAUCAACGCCCGGCAGCGAAUUCAAAGCCAAUUGAACAGAAAAAGAGGGAAAAUCUCAAAACAAUGCGUGACGAAGACAACGACAACAGCAACAACAACAGCAACCCUUUCAUCCGCUUCAAACACCACGUCGACGCCAACAUCCACGCCGGCAUCAACACCAUCACCAGCUUUUCCCGCAGCCCUCUCUCCCCUUCAUCGCAACAGAACCCUUCCUCCCCGCCGUCCAACUCUCAACCGACCACCAGGGACACCACAGCCGGCACCACCACCACAACCAACUACUCGGGAGACAUAACCACCACCGCAGAUUUGACAACGUCAAUGCUCUCCCCCGCCGACCAACACCUCGAGUCUCGCCUGGACCUCCUCCGCCAGGGUGGCGCUACCGCCCCGGAAGCCGCCGUCGCCUGGCGGCUCUUUGUGACCCGGUCGGCUUACUCGCCGCUUAGGCUGCAGCUGGAAUGUGGUGGUUGGCAACCCACGCCUGCGGGAGGAGAAGCUGGAGAGUAUGGCGGUGGUGCCGGGUGGCUGGACGCGUUUGAGGAUCUGAUGCGCGUGAGUUCCGGGUUGGGGCUGCUUGAUUUGCGGGCGGCUUCGAGGGAGAGGGAGGAGAGUGGGGAGGAGGGGUUGUGGCACGAGUUGGGAUGGGGCAAUGGUAGGUUUGGCUUUGGAGGGCUUCUUCUCGGAGGGUUUCCUGGGUUGCCUCAUCAUCACCACCACCAUGGCAUGGUUGGAUUCCCGUUCCCCGGUCUAAGGGAGAUGGCUUGGUUGGAGCGCAUGCGGCGUCAGGGGCUGACUGAAGUCUUGUUUCCCGUGUAUGAUCCCGGGCUGGGGUACUCUUCGCCGCGGACGAUGGGGGAGUGGGCUGAGCGGCGGCGGGCCGAGGAACAGCGGGCGAGGGAGGUUGGUCGGGUGUGGGAGGAGCUUGUUGGGGAGGGCAGACGGGCUGUGGAAGAGGCGCGGCGCGAGGCUGAGAGAGAGGCGGAUGCGUGGAGGGAUGCAGCACAGCAGAAGGGGCUGUCGUUCUUUGACGGAAUCGGCGAGGUUGUGCGCACAUUGGGGGAGGUGCUGGAGGAUAUCAAGACGCUGCCACGGGCUGUUUGGGAGGAUGAAAAGCCUCGAGGCAAGGACGACACUGCCAAGGAGAAGAGGAACAGCGCACCGGAGACGGAGAACGACCUGUACUCGGUCGUUCAAUCGGCCUUCCAGGAGUCUGAACGUUCACUAUCCAAUUUCUUCAAGUCUUUCUCCGACGCCUGGCGCACUGACAGUCUGCCCGAACCCAAACCAGCGUCGCCACCAAAGACUGAAACCACUGAAGUUGUUCAAGACGGCAUCACGAAAAAGACUACGAAGAGGGAUUUCGUCGACAAGCAUGGCAACACGCACUCCAAGACCGAGACUACCUGGACUGACAAAGAUGGCCGUGUUGUUAUGAGACAGGUGUACAGCUCCAUGGGACGUUCCGAGCACUGGGACAAGGCUGAGGAAGAUAGGACCACCAGGCGGGACAAGGAGACAACCGAGGAGCUCAAGGAACAGAGAAAGGAGGGAGGAUGGUUCUGGAAAUGAAAGAGACAAACAUUGAAUAUCUGGUCAAAUCUCUCCACUCAGUGGUCGACACCGCUCUGUCAUUGAUUUUCGAGUUUGUUUCAUUCUCUCAACCGUACAUGCCGUUGACAGUAGCUGCAUGUAUAUAAACAAGGGACAGAAUGACUCUCAACCUUCGCUAGAUGGAAGCCGAUCUCCUCAAAGCCGUGUCUUGCGCAAGCUUCCGAGUCGGCUGUUGGUUGGCAGAGGCAAAUGACGUGGUUGAGUGGGCCUUUGGCUUCGGACGCAAGGGGAGGUUCUAGCUUACUCCUCGCUCCAUCGGCCUUUGCAGUAUCGACAGUUAUGAGAAAGCAAAGUCGAGCAAGCGGAAUACCUAAUUACAUAGCGCUAGAAGCGUUGCUGCGUCAAAACACGCUCUU